GAGUACAGUACGGUGCUCAAGGCCACAACGGACGUCUCCAACAUCAACUUUGAGCUCGAGCCGAGCAGCGAGCCCGACCUCGUCGACCAAGACCGCGGUCCGAUCUACAUCAUCCGCCACGCGCUCAACCACCUGCGGGAAGCCAACACGGAAGACAGUAUUCGCUGCAUGCAGAAUUUCUCCACCGAUGAAAAGUUUCAGCUCGCGCGCCGCCUCAUUACGUUGCGGCAGUCGGGGCUCGAGAGCUUUUUCCACGGCGAUAUUGACCGCGUGGCGGCGCAAGCCGUGCUUUUGCCGGUGGGGACCCCGGGUGCAUUCUUGAUCCGGUACAGUGCCAACCAAAAGAGCUAUUGCGCGUCCUUUAUCGACAAGAUCGUCGAUGGCCAGCCGCAAAUCAAGCACAACGUCAUCUACCACCUGGAAUCGGGGGCGUACUCGGCCGUGCAACCCAAGGACGUGCAGCCAACGACGCCCAUUUUCUCGGAUCUGCUCAGCUUCGUCGAAGCGUACCAGCGCAAAGUCGGUGGUGGCUACUCGGGCAUUGCGUUUGCCCAAGCCCUCGCGUCCGAGCUCCCACCCCACGUGGCUGCAAUCACCGUCAUCGACAAGAACACGUUUACGUUCCACCACGAUGCGAUUCCGCGCGCUUUCGUCGAACGAGCCUUUGUGCCCAAGCUCUUUGUGCCCACGGACCACGCCGUGCCACAGUACACCACCAUCGUGCAUGGGCUCGUCGACGCCGUCACCAGCAAGAGCGUUCAUGUACGCAAUCUCGUCAACGGCCAGCUCGACGAGCACUCGCACCCACUGCACUACGACUACCUCGUCCUCGCCACAGGCAGCAGCUACCCCGCACCCAUCAAGGUCCCUAAGGACGUUUACAGCAGCGACGCCAUUGCUAAUGCGAUUUACGAGGCCCACGAUCACAUUGCUGCAGCGUCUAGUGUGCUCGUCGUCGGGGGCGGCAGCGUCGGGUGCGAAGUUGCGGGUGAGAUCGCAGUGGCCUACCCGACGACCCAAGUCACUCUUAUCGAUGGCCACGAGCACUUGGUUGCUGGCGCGAAAAUGACCUCCGAGUUUCGCUGUCGAUUGAAGGCGGCGCUGGAAGCCAUUGGUGUGCGCGUAAUCUUGGGCGAGCGCCCCGUCGAACCGCUUCGAGCCCAGUCGUACACGCGGCAAACGACACUUCUCUCAAGAGGCACGGUGGUCACGGCCGAUGUCCAGCUCCUCUGUGCUGGCAUGGCCCCAAACACAGAUCUGAUUGCGCAACUGGAUCCAGAUCUGGUCACACCGGCCGGUAUCAAGGUCAAGGCCUCGAUGCAGCUCGACGACGAUCGCUACACCAACAUCUUUGUCCUCGGUGACGCGAGCAACCACCCGUCGCCAAAGACAGCCCACAUUGCGGGCGACCAAGCCGAGUUCUUAGCCGCGGGCUUAGCCCAAAAGAUGCUACACGGGACACCGAUUGGUGCGUUCGAUGCAGGGCCCACGGAAGGCCUCAUGAUCCCGGUUGGUCCCGAGGGCGGCGUCGCGCAGCUCCUCAACGGCGUCGUCGAAGGCGCAUGGCUCGUGCAAAGGAAGAAACACAAGGAUUACAACACGCAACGACUAUGGUCCCACUGGAAUGCGACGCUUCCAACGAUGUAA